UAUAAUAUCUUUUCUGUUUUUUUUAGACGAAUGUAAACAUCUUUUGAUGUAUAUCUAGAUGGGAAAUGAGAACAUAUCUUAUUACUCGUGUCCUUUGAUUUUGUGCAGAUUUUAUUAUUUCCUCCCAAUUUUAUUAGUUCUGAUUUAAUUUUAAGUGUGCAUUUGUCUAUUAUUUAACAAGAGGAAAAUAAUGCUUUUCAAGAUUUUAAAUAGAUCCUUUAGACGGAAAUAAUAUUUUAUACUUAUUUUUGAUGUUUGGUAUAACAUUUUUGCCUUAUAAUAUGGAGUAUUUUGGCACAUAAAUAUCGUAAAUGUGGUAUGUGAAAACGAUUUCAGAAGUAUCUAGUCAAUUUAAUCGAAUGCUCACUCUACGAUUGGUAUCUUGUAGAGCACUUAAACAGCCCUGAGCAACGUACUAAAACUAAUGAUAGUUCAUUGUAUAUUUCAUAGCAUAGUUGGAACUUAACAGAUAUUGCUUUAAAAAAUGGUUUGCUUUCAUCGCAAGUACAUAACGCAUCAUGCAUACCUUAAAUGAUAGUGAUCAUUCAAUAAAAAUGCUGGCAUCGAAUCAGGAACCACCUGGUGAAAGCCGCAUUGAUAAAAUGCGAAAAUUUCUGAGUUCUCCAUUGACAAGAAAAAAACCAGCAAAUGUGCAAUAUAAAACAUUUGGCACACCACUUGAAGUGCUUUUACAAAGGUUUCCUUCUGAGCAUUCUGUACCUUUCAUUAUAACCAGAUUAUGCCAGUAUAUUUUAAAGACAGGUCUCACUCAUGAAGGUUUGUUCCGUAUUAGUGGCAAUGCUCGUUCUGUUGAGCGCUUAAAAGCUUCCUUUGAUCGCUCAGGAGAUGCUCCAUUGGAAACUGAAGGUGAUGUUUCAUCUGCAGCAGCUUUGUUGAAAUUAUUUCUUAGAGAAUUGCCAGAUCCAAUCAUACCUAUGAAUAUGCAUUGCCAGUUUUUAGAUGCAGUUAAAGAUAAAGACAAGACGGAAAGUGUAGUUUGUUUAGCCGAACUUGUUGAAAAGCUGCCUCCAAUCAAUUAUCAUAUUUUAAACUACUUAUUCAACUUUCUCCGCAAAGUAUCAGAUAUGGAAGAUCAAAAUAGAAUGAGUGCUUCAUCUCUAGGUAUUGUUUUCGGCCCUAAUUUAUUUAGGGUAACCGAAGAUUUUGUUGGCUUGAAAGAGCAAUCUCUUACGAAUCAAAUAGUGACAUAUUUUAUAUCUGAGCAUGACAAAAUUUUUAGAAAAGAUGCCACCAAUUUUAUUUGCAAUACUUGUUUUGCUUCUGAUGUAUCCAAAACAUGUCAAGCUACUGCAAUGAUAUCGUCUUGGCCAGAAGCUAAAAGUAGCAGUACUGCAAUGUUGUCUACAUGGAGUCUUGGUCCCUUAUGCACACCAAAUGAACCUGCAUAUGAAGAAUUUCUCCAAUUGAGUUCACUAUCUCAUUCUUUAACUCAAGAUGGCUCUGGACAUUUCUCAUCUUUAAAGUCUCAAGAUCACUCUUUUACAAGUAAUAAUGAAUCAAGAUUUCCUUCGAAAGAUGUCACAGAUGUUUCUUUCCACGCAUCCGAAGAUUUGCCUUAUGAAAAUCAUGUUCCCGUAACUUCAUCAAGAAGCCCAAAGGAAAGGAAAAGCUCUCUGGGAAAAGAAUUUUACAUUAUGGAAGAAGAAUCAUUAUUAUCAUACUCAUCAUUAUCAGACAAAGUAUCCUCAAUUUCAGUUCACUCGUUAUUGACUGAAUCUGUGUCUAACUCUUCUAAUCAAUCAUCUUUAUCUGAAACUACCCCUGUUACUUCAAGUUAUUCAUCAUUAGCUGAAAAGCUGUCAUUCAAUUCUGCCAAAGAAAAUUCUCAUCCCAUAACUUGCAUUAGCUCACAAGAAGGCCAAACUAAUGACAUUGACAAUGUUCAGUUUGGUUUAGAACAAGUCCCUAAGCUAACACUUGAAAAGUCAGAAGAAAUGAUGAAGGACACUCAUAAAAUUUAUCCACGUGGGCGUCGAAGACACAUUCGUCACCCUAAACAUAAAUCGUAUGAUGAAAGACGUUCGCAGUCAGAGUUACGCACAAAUACCCAUUAUGAAAACGAGGAUGAAUUCAAUGGAAAUCCUCAUUCUCUGUAUGAUAAGAAUGAUAUGCAGCAUAAUUCUACUGGCAGCUUAAAUGAAAGUGGAGUUGAUGUGAGACACAGUUGGCCUGCAUUUAGGAAGUGCAAAGAGGAAGAAGAUAUUGCUUUGUCCCCAUUACCCCAACAGCUUGGAACAAAUGUAUGUGAAGCAUCAGUUUCUCCGAGUGCUUUUCGCAGCUAUUUGUCUUAUAGAAACCUUCAUUUAGAUCCAAGCCUUCCACCUUCACCUCCUGUAGAGCAAGAAGAUAUAAUAAUUGGGAGUACUCAUGAAAUCUCAUCUUCUAAUGUCAAGCAGCUUAACAAAAAGAUACAUACCCUGAAAAAGAAAAUUAAAACAUUUGAAGAUAAUUUUGAGAAACUUUAUGGAUAUAAGCCUUCAAAUGCUGAAAAAUGCAGUAAUAUCAGUGUCAAAAAGAUGCUAUCAGAAUUAAACAAAGCAAGACAGGAUCUGAAAGUAUGUUUGGAAUUGAAAGGUGAUCCCCAGCUUUGGGAUUCUGAAGAUACUAUUCCAAAUAAAAGUAGCAGAGGCACGAAUACUCGCAGUAGUCAAGGGCUCUUUUCUGUUGCUAAAACUGGUGCUGAAACCAUGAGUAUAGAGGAAACUAUCAAGAAUGCUUUGGCUUAUCUUGCACGUCAUCGAAAAGAUAUGAAUCGGCCUGAAAAUCUUGAGGAGAUGACCAAAGAUCAACUUGUUGCAGAAAAGGUAGCUAUUCAAAAAGUUCUAUUGAAUUUUGAAAGUAUGCAUGGAAGACCAGCUUCCAAAGCUCAUCGUGAACUCGUGAGACCAUUGUAUGACAGGUACCGCUUGACCAAGAGAUUGAUUGUACGAAAUUCUUCGAGCAAAGACAAUGCUGAUCUUGUACCCAUUUUGGAACAUGAAACGAUGGAUUUUAAAAAAAGUGAUCUUGCAAAGAAUAUUAAUAUUCUUAAAGAGGAUCCUUCUGUUGAACUUUCGAGAAAUAAAGAUGAUCAUUCUGAGGAAAAAGAACAAGAGACAAGUGCAUCUUCACAUAUCAGUUUUCAUGAACUAUCAUUAUCAGAGUUGGAAAUAGAAAUAACUGUUGUAAGAGAUGAAAAACGCAAAUUAAGAAAGUUGCUUAGAGAAUUUGAAGAUCAAUUCAAAAAAGAACAUGGAAGGAAAGCUCAAAGAGAAGACAAACGGGCAAUGGAACCAUGCUAUACUGAAUAUAAGAAUGCCAAAGCUAAACUCAAGCUGUUGGAAGCCUUAGUUGCCAAAUAUGAACAGACUUCUUGAAGGAUGGAAAUUUAUAAAAUUGUACUUCUUUUGUAAUGUCUAGUCAUUUAUGAGAACUAUUUUAAGUUGUUUGCCAAAAAUUUUAUGGGAGAGAAACUUACUUUUAAUUAUUUUUUUUCUUUUGCAUUUAUUCCAAAAGGAAUUCACACACUUAAUAUUUAUCCCAUUUUUCGCACAAUAAGGUGCUUUGUACAUUAUAUUUAUUCUAAUUAGACUAUGUAAAAAGUUUGCUAAUGAACUGAUGUACCAAUGUGCAGUUCAAUAUUUCCUUUUUUCACUUAAUUAGUUAAUAUAUACAUAUGUAUAGUACAACCUUUUUUUUUUUUUUUUUUUUUUUUUACCACUUAAUAUACCAAAGUUUGCCUGUAUAAAAAUUUGUUAAGAAUGCUUCUCUGUAGUCAUUUAUUUUUGUCCCAUCUAAGAAAUGGGAUAGAUGUGCAAUAUAUAUAUAUAUAUAUGUAUAUAUAUUAAUUUCAAUGGAGAAUUUUAAAUAAGAAUUUUUUGUUGGAGCCAUUCCUGGCUUGGAUGGUACUUUUGCAGUGAAUUCAAGGGAAAAGAGUCAUGUAUUUUCACCUAAUGAAGAUAAAAAUAUUGUUCUGACUAUUAACUAACCUGAAUUUCAAAGGACAGCUAUAACUAAACAUUUUUCACUAUGUAAAAUGCAUUCUCAAAACUUCACUAACCGAGAAAAAUAUUUUAUUCUUCAAUUUUAAUAUUGGAGGAUUUUUGUGCUUUUGAAUUAUCUUCUUAAAGGUAUAAAAUGCUAGAAAUAUGCUGAUGUAUGGUUUUUAUUUAUUGAUUAAAUAGGGUAAUGUACUUUCCCUUGUAAUUUAAACAGCCUUUUAUCUAGGAAUGGCUCUAAAUUUGUUAUUUUUGAUAAUUUUUCAUGCAUUUGUUUUCUUUGUGCAAUAUCAGUUCUCUUAUAGCUCAGUAUCUUAAAGUACAAAACUUUCUGUUUACUGUAUCCUCCCUCUCAAUGCAAAAGGUCAUAUAUCAAAAAUUCCACUAGUUAGUACUAACAGAUGCCAAGAUGGGGUUACAAUAAACAAUGCAAUGAAGCAGACAAAGUUAAUCUUUAACUGUUGAAUAUUAAAAGAAAUGUUCAAUUUUGGUUUUAACAAACUCAGAUUAUUUUAGCCUUUACGGGUUGCUGUAGUUUUCUCACUGAAAUGACAGCUAUAACCAAAUGUAUGAUGAAAAUCGGUAAAAAAAAAAAAAACAUGUUUCUUUAGCUUUCAGAAAAGCAAAAAUUAUUUUUACAUGAUUUAAUUUUCAAUGAUAUAUUUUAAAUUUUGUUCUUAAUGGUGAUAUUUUAUAUGGGGGGGGUAUACAAAUUUUGUUUUAAUUUGAAACUGGUAUAAUGUUUCUAUAUAUUUCUUGUUUAGAAUAUAAUUAUCUCUUCUAUCUUUUAAUCUACUCCCUGCAUUUUGACAUGGCAAUAUGAAAAAAUACCAACUAGUGGUUUUUAUUACAAGACCUUUUACAUUGCAAGUGACAAUAUUCUUUUGUAUCAUCACUGGAUGUUUUUUUUUGUUUUGUUUUUUAUUCUAUAGAUUAUAACUCCAGUAUUAAAAAAGCGCCUUUUAAAAUAUUAGUCCAACUUGUGGUAUUGUCUUAUUACUGAAAGUAUUUUUCUUUGUAAGCAGAUGAGUACUCCUCAAAGUUUAAUGUGAAAACCAUAAUUUUUUAAAUAUAAGCCUUUUGUGAUUAAAAAGGUAUACUCUAUGUGCUCAAUAGUUGUUGUUGUUGU